AUGAGUGAGGGGUCAGUGGAUGUAGUGGCCCAGGACACUACGCUCGGCCCGCUCCUCGAGUCGCAGGUGUACUACACGCAAGGCAAGGGCGACAACAGCACGGACAACACAGUCAUAUCGCCGCAGGUGGUGCUGGCGGGCAUUGAGCUGAGCGUCGCCGAGGCGGCGCAGACUGUCGACGCAUGUGCCGAGCUGUGCCGGGGAGAAGACCCAUGCACCUGGUUUGUCUGGUGCCCAGCACAGGGCGGCUGCGAUGCCGGCGGCGUGCAGCUGGAGUUCCAGGACUGCCAGCUGCUGGCGCCCAAUGGCACAGCCGUGCCGCAAGUGCUAGCCCAGGGCCUGCAGGUGGCUGCCACCUCGGGCUUCCCCUGGCGCACUGAGGCCCGCCAGUUCCCGGGCUUCACGACGGUACCGGCGCAGGGGUUUGAGGGCAUGGGGGACCAAACCUGCCCUGGCUCGGUGCUGCCAGGCAAAUGUGCUUUCAGGACUGCGGUGGAGGCCGCCAUGUUUUGCAUGACGGCCGCCAGCCAGUGCCGCACGAUUGUGGUGUACCCAAACGGCACCGACGGCGCGUCAGACCUGGUUGCCGUCCUCAAGGCAGUGAACCUGCCGCCAUCCACCACCACCGCGUCGCCCCUCAUGUACUCCAUCACUCGCCUGGACAACCUGCCCAUUACUGCGCAGUACCUGUACAACAGCGACGGUACCACCAUCCUGCCCACCCCCGAGGAGGCAGCCGCCAACAGCUCCUGGCAGGGCUGCUUCAUCGGGCGCAACGCCGCCGUGGACGGCAUCGUGGUGUCCACCAUCGCCCAGCCGUCUGCGGAGGCAUGCUGCCGCGCGUGCCGGGGCUGGGGGCUGGGCAGCGCCAGCGUCGUCACCGUGAACGCCACCUCCACGCCCGACUCCUGCAACUGCUGGAACUACUGCGAGCAGCCCGGGGGCUGCCGGUACCAGGCGUCCGGCGGGAUGGUACUGCAGUUGGAGCAGUAUCAGUGCCAGCUGCGCUUCCAGACCCUCAUCCAGCCCACCCUGGCCUACCCCGCGGCCCUCAUCGCCAAGGGGCCCGCCGUGCCCUUCAGUGCGGGUGGCCCAAUCGUCACUUCGGGCCCCCAGCUCCCAGGCUACACCCUGCUGCCGGGCAAGGGCCUCUUCUCCUUUGGCCGCUUCAACUGCUCGCAGUCGCUCAGACCGGAGAUUCAGGAGUGCGUGCUGCCGGGCUCCCCCCAGCAGCUGGCCGACAUCUGUGAUCAGGAAUGGGAGUGUGAGGCCUUCAUCCUGAAGCAACAGGGGGUGAGCGGGCUGGGCAGCAGCCUGGGCAUCUUCAAGCACGACGCCAACGCCAGCGCCAUCCUGUGGAACCCCACCGGCCUGCUGUACCUGCGGGACGAGCAGCCGGCGGUACCGCCGUCGCCGUCGCCGUCGCCGCCAGCACCAGACUCAGCAGCAGCAGCAUCGUCCCUGUCUGCCGGCGCGAUAGCGGGCAUCGCGGUCGGCUCUGCGGCCGCGGCGGCGGCGCUGGUCGGCGCCGCCGUCUGGUUAGCGCGGCGCCGCCGCCAGCGGCGCCUGCACCAGCAGGGCGCCAAGCUGAAUGGCAGCGGCGGCAGCAGCAGCGAGCGUGUGGCCGACGAGGAGGCGGCGCCAGCGUCCGGCGCCGCGCCGGCAGCGGCAGCGGCGGCGCCCGACGCCGGCCCGCCGCCGUCGGCCUUUGCGGCCGCGGCGUUUGACACGGGCGGCGGCAGCAGCAGCCCCGCGCCGCAGAGCCUGACCUCGCAGCCGUCUGUGGGGGUGGGGGAGCUGCCGCACCUGCCCUCCAUGUCCUCCACCGUACUGGGGGCGGGCAUGCCGCAUGCGCCGUCCCUGGCCCUGCCGGAGCUGCAGCAGCUGAUCCAGGCGCAGGAUGCGGCGGUGACGUCAUCCAGCGGCGACAGCGGCGGCGCCGCCUCGCCCUCGGACGCGCAGCAGCAGCUGCUGGCUGCCGCGCAGCUUCCGCAGGGCCUGCGCGACUUCCUGGUGGACCCGGACAGCUUCCACUACUGCCGCCUGCCAAACGGCAAGCUUCAUGAGCUGGGGUCGGGGGCCAGCGGCAAGGUGUACAAGGCGGUGCUGCAUGGCGAGUUUGUGGCGGCCAAGGAGAUCGAGAUUGGCACCAACCCAGACCUGCAGCAGACGUUUGUGCGGGAGGCCGUGCGCCUGCACCAGCUGCGGCACGCCACUGUGGUCGGGUUUGUGGGCGUGGCGCUGGUGGGCACCAAGGGCGUGCUGCUGCAGGAGCUUUGUGAGGGCAGGUGA